AGGACUCAGGCACUCUGCAUCGCUGGCCCAUUGCUAUGCUAAAAUUGACUGGAAGAAGUUUCUAUUUUUACAGUAAGUCAACCUGGUUGUUGUUGAGGCUUCUGUGAUAAGACCAGAGAUAGGAAAAAUCUCGGGAGAGGGCAUUUCUAGUGCUGUAUCAACCUUCUGUAACUUAAGCCCUGUUGUUUCAGAGGGCCUUUGCCUGCACACCGUUUCUCUAAGAAUGUCAACAUUCAACAGCCGCCACCAAAGCCAUUCACAUUAGCAUCCCGCCUGUGAAUUUUAAUUAAACAGGAAAUGCCUCACUUGUGCAUUGAAAUUCAACAUCCAGAAUAUCUCUGCUUCGCUCCUUUGAUGUUCCCCAUCCGAUCUGGGAUGAACAUCCACAUGUUCUCCUGAGACACUCGGAGGAAACUCGUUCUGGUUUAUUUACAGUAGGGAAGUGUUAUGUAGUGUCUUUUAUCCCAGAAGCAUUCGAGUGGCUUUGUGAACUGUUCACACAGAGGUCUUCCUCGGGGCCCCGCAGCGGUGAGGGGGCCGUGCAGAGCCAGCUGCCAUCAUAGAGUUGCAGCAUCACUAAGGCUGGAAAACACCUCUAAGACCACUUAGCCCAACCACCCACCUACCACCAAUAGUGCCCACCGACUGCGUGCCUCGUGCUACACCUCCUUUCCCUUAACACCCCAGGGAUGGUGACCCCCACUCCCCGGGCAGCCUGUGCCAAUGCAUCACCAUUCUUUUAGAGAAGAAAUUCCAACGUGAAGCACGAUUUUCACGACUGACAACAUUCCAUUUCUCCUCCACUUCCUCUGCUUUCCAUAAAAAGUCACCCAUCCGCAGACAUCCAUCGUUAUGAGCCCAGACGCACGCAGACAGAAGCGCCGGAGCAGUGUGACCGCCAGGUGUCACAGUUGCUUCGCAAAGAUGCCGGAUCCUGCCUCGUCCUGCGCCCAGCCUGUAGGUAAACGCACAUACUCCCUCACUUGCAUACAUCUUUAUUUUAUUUGUUUGUUCGCUUGGUUUUGAAUUUUGUUUCUACACAAAAGGAGCCUGUUCACUGUGUCCUGGGAAACAUCAGGCAGUGAAAAUGGCUCACUGGCAAACUAUCAGCACAGGCGAUGCAUCCUUUCACCCCCACCCAUAUAGUUCAGCGUAUAGGGAACGCUGUGGAGCCUUGGGAAACAUUCCAGCCAGGUUUGGCCGUACUUACAACUACUCGGCGCUGCUCAGAAUCACCGCUCAAAUGCAGCAUCCCCACAGACUCCAGCUCCCCUCUGCAGCAGACUCAGAGAACACGCUGCUCUGCUCCUUGUGUUUGUUAAUCAUUCGUGUAUUUAUUUGUUUUCUUAAUGGUCUGUGAUUUCUUUUUCGGUUCUUAAUGGUCUAUUGAUAAUUUCUUCCCACCUCAGAAAGCUACCUGCUCACUCUGAAAGUGCUAUAAUCAGCUAGCUCUGGGGUACAGUGAGAAAUGAGUCUUGGGACAGCCACUAUGAGCCUGAUGAGUUUUGCCUUUUGGCACAUUCCUUUAUAAACUGCAAACUGGUAUCACCACCUAAGUCAUGGCCAGGGCAAGCAAGUGCUGUUGAUGCUCCAAACUAAAGCGCUUUUCCUGGUGCCUGCCUCUUGAUAAGACAAGGGGAGCUGGUUUCAAACUACAGGAGGAGAGAUUUAGAUUGGGUAUAAGAAAAAGCUCUUCACAAUAAGAGCAGUGAGGCACUGGUACAGGUUGCCCAGAGAGGUGGUGGAUGCCGUGAAGACAUCCAAGGUCAGGUUGGAUAGGGCUCUGAGCUCCUGACGGAGCUGUGAGUGUCCCUGUUUAUUGCAGGGAGGGUUGACCAGAUGGCCUUUGAGGGUCCAUUCCAGCUCAAACCAUUCUGUGCUUCUCUUGAAGGCUGCAGCCACUCAGAGUACCUCACUCAGCUCUCUGCACAGGUCCCUGGGCACUCCAAGAACACCUCAGCUGUGCCAUGCAGGAAGGGAUGAGGGAGCAGACAGAGAUAGGCUCGCGCUCAGCUUUGCUCAUCCCUCAAUGGCUGCACCACUGUGGGGACCGGCUACAUCCCUGGGGAGGGAGCUGUGUCCCAGCUGAGCCCCAGCCCUUCGCCCUCUCUCGCUGUAGGGAGCAUGGGAACUGGCUGGGAGCCCCAUGUUCCCACCGGCAGGAGGGCUGGAGGCAGCAGCAUCACUUGGGGAGGCCCCAGCACAGGUUUGGUGAUCUUCCCUGUGCUCUGUGAGUGGAGGAAGGCAGGAUUUGUGCACAGUUCUUGUAGACAGUAUCUUUGUUUUUCUGGCAGGAGGAGGGAGACACAUCUUCCCCUCCAUGUCUUGGAGCAGCCAUCAUGGCUGGUCCUUCCCUGAGGUUUGGAGGCUGGAACUUCAGGAAUCCCAGCCUGCUGCAGGAUUCUUUAUGGUGGAUUUGUUGGCCACAGGGAACUGGGAAAGGAGCAGGGCUUCCUUUGCAAGAACCACAAGAUACCCAGAUCCAGUUGUGCAUGGCCAAUGGCCGUGGCCCCAAAAGAUGCUCAUCUACAGCUCCCACAAGGCUGCUGGUCCCAGCAAAAAGCUCAAGUCAAGCUUCCUAAAUGCAAACUUCUUUGAGUUAGGUAGAAUGAAGCAGCCAGAUUCCACCAAGGAAGGGGUACAGAAGUGAGAGUUGCUGAGGAGUUGCCCUUUAAGCACUGUGAGCCCAGCACAUGAGAUCACAGUUUCAGCAGAGAAGUGCAGCCUGCCAGAACUGAUCAACAGUGACCAGAGCAUUUGUUGUAGCCUUCCAUGCCCAGAAGUGCCUUUGGGCCAUGACUGAUGCCUGCCAGAGGAAAGCCCCCUUUUCUCUAAGUGCUCAACAUACUGCUGGGAUGAGACAGCUGAUUUCCCAAUUCAGGACAGUGACACCCCAUCUCCCAUGUGAUCCUUGUUCCCCCCAGUCUUUCCAUAUAGUACUGACUCAUUCCAUAUGGAGCUGACUCAUUUCUCUCAGCAGCGUGUCAUCGCACCAAGCCUCUGCACUUCAGCAAGACCCAAGGGAGUCUGACAGCAGCGUUGCUCCUGGGCUCCACGUACCAGCUUUGUCCACUCACAACAGGAAUCUACAGCAUCUGUUGACUCAAAUUGCCUUAUGAAGCCCAUUUUUUGAGUCCUGGCUGCCUGGUGCUGACAGCUUUGGUGUCUUCCUGUGGGUGUCCCAGCAGCUGCCUCCAGCAUCCACAGUGGGAGUAACAGGGCAUCAGAACAUGGGGAGCCUACAGACAGGACAGGUACACAUCUCGUCAUCCAGAUUGCAUGACAGCGCCUAUUGUGAAGACUCCCUGUUCCCAAAGUUGCAGAGGUUCAUGACAGAGCAAUGGUCCAUAUACUCCAAACCAGUCCCAGCAGACAGCCGGGAGCUGUGGGCCCUAUUUCUGCAGUGCUCCUGCAUCACCGUGCUGCUUGGAGGCCUCUUCUACAACUGGCUCUUUGCAUCCCUGGAGUACCCCCAGCACAUCUCCAUCGCGAUGGCCGUCACCUUCAGCCUGCUCCUCCUCCUUGCCCUGUUCUUGCUGCACCCUGUGCGCUGUGCCUUCAGCAUCACCAUGCCGACACUGGGCACCAAGCAGGGCCGGAAGCUCCUCUUGUCAGCCUGCAUCAUGAUAGCAGUGGUUAACAUCACCCCCAACAUCAUCAGCAACAUCAAGACCUUACUGCAGGUCAUCCUUUGCAUCUCCAAGAAUUCCUCUGAGAGCCUUUUGAACUCCACUGAUCUGCUGGAGAACGCUUCCUGGAAGCUGGGGGAUGAAAUAAAAAAUUACGCUAUUUUGAAGCCCAUGGAUGGACAUUUUCAGUUUUCACUGGUGAAGAACAACUCCUGGAUUAACCAGGUGCACCUCGCUGGUGAGAAAGCCAGGAAGGAUUUUUUGGCUGUCGAGGUGCUGGUCAAAGAUUGUGUGCGAGCAGGCAACAAACUGGUCGCUGCCUUCUCCGUGCUCUACCUCUGCUUUGAGUCCAUCUGGUACUUGAAGAAUUACCUCACCAACCUCCGCUUCGACAACAUUUACAUCACCAAGAAGCUGCAGCGUUUGGCUGAGGAUGGAGGAGCCUCACACUUGCUGGUGGGCUCAGCCCAACGCCUCAUCCGCCCCACGGGCCUCAGGCUGUCCCGUGAGGAGCUGAUGCUGUGCCUGGCGCAGGCGCUGCGCCUCUCGGUGGCCCUGCUGCUGGUGCUGGUGGUGGUGGCCUUGGAGCACCUCAUCUUUGGCGUAGCGGACGUGGCAGUGAGGAGGAUGGCUCAGCUGUCCGCAGUGCCCAUCACGCUCAGCAUCAAAUACCAGGCUGAAAUAGACUUCUUGAAAAUCUCACUUCCCGUGAAGGACGUUGAUAGGAGCUACCACCACUCCCUGACCUUCAGCUCUGCCGGCUGCAGGAUCAGCCCGCCAAUACCUCCCAACCCCUCCGUGCUGCUGGUUGUGGGACUGCUCUUCUGCAUUAUCUACGCCACCGUGUUUCUGGAGACCUACGCACGCCGCCUGUGCAGGAAAAUUUCUGCUUCCUUCUUUGAGAGCCGGGAGGACGAGCGGGCACGUUACCUCUAUGGCAAACUGUCCCGGCAGCACAGGAAACAACACAGCUGAGAAAUGAAGGACAAUUUUGGACAUGCAGGGAAUGACAAAAAGCUUGUGGCAAUAACUGGAUACGCAAAGGGAUCACAAAAUUCACUCUCCAGAGUCAGAGAAGUGGUUGGAGCCUGGGAGCAGUAUUUGCCAAUUUAAGAGAGAAAAAGGCCAGAAGUGAUAUUUUGAUUAAUCUGAGAAAAAAAUGAGCUACAUUCACUUUCUUUUCUUGAUUCAAUCUAGAACUCAUCCAGGAAUGUUGGAAAAAGGAACCCAAGAUAAUUCCUAUGACUGUGAGGGUGUUGGCAGCAUUAUGCAAGGCUGAGUGUGCGUGGGAGAUGGGUGGAGGAAGUGCUCCUUCACCUUCCCAUGUCACUGCUGGAGGAAGUGCACCCUUCAUCGAUUCAUACAAUCUUUAGGUUGGAAAGAGCUAUCAGAUCAUCGCACCCAACCGCUUCCUUUCUCCCUGAAGUGAUCCCUACAGGAAGCAAGCAAAAAAAAACAAAACAGAGUUUUGAGUUUUGAGAGUUGAUUAAAAAUGAAUUGUAGAAUCACAGAAUCAUUAAGGUUGGAAAGACCACAACAACCAUGCAGUCCAACCAUCAGCCCAUGCCUCUGACUGCCCUAGACCAUGUCACUCAAUGACACCUACACUUCUCUUAAAAAUCUCCAGGAGCAUUAAUUAAUUUAUUAUUAUUUACUUAUUAUUUAGAAUGCUUAUCAUUUAUGAUAUAAAGUGUUGUUUUAACCUGCUGAAAUAAAUUGAAGACUGUGUGACACCGAGAAGAACCUCUUGGGCAUGGGAGAGAGUAGGAAUCAGUGCGUGAGGACUUGCUGAAAUCUCUUCACCAGGGCUCUCCAGAAUAACAGAUAGGGCAGCUGGAGGACUACAGAAGAGGAGGAAGGCAGCCAAAAAAAGGUCAGCUCAGGCCAAUAUCCAGGAGGAUAUAAAAGUGGUGGAGUGAAACCUGACAUUGGAGCCAGAGCUCUGCAGGGAGCAGGAUGGGGCAGGACGUGGAAGGCUGGGCUUUGCUAAAGCAAUAGCUAGUUUUAUGUGUUGGGUUGCUUCAAACUCAGAAAUGGUGAUAUUGUAACUAAUAUGUAAAAAUCCAUCAUUGAAGCAUAUCUUUUGAAAGAGGCACAUCAGAACCUGGAUAAGGACAAGAGCCAGGAGGAGAGGGAGCUAAACCAGUGCCAGCUUCAAAACAAAGCAACUUUGCAGCUUCAUUUCUUCAAAGCACAUCUAUUAUUUCCCUCUCUUUUCCCAUUAGAGUCUUCAUUAAGAUAAUUAUUUGGUAUAAUGCACCUCAAAGAGAUUAAAUUACAGAAGUGAAGUGGCAGCUGCAGAUGCACAAAGAUCUAUCAGCUUCUGAGAAGCUUGAAACAAAGUAGAUCUGGAUUAUUUUUUGAGCAUCAAUCUAACAAAACCCCGGUAUAUUUAUCUCCCCAGGCUUCUUAAUUCCCUGCUGUUAAGGUGAUUAAUACAAGUAUCUUUUCCCCUCUGCAGCAGCUAGGCUGCUUUGCCAGAGAAUUAUAGAAUUGUUGAGGUUGGAAAGACCUCUAAGGUCACCAAGUCCAACUCCAACCCAUCCCGCCAUGUCCACUGAGCACAGUGCCACAUCCCCACAGUUCUUGAACACCUCCAGGGAUGGUGACCUCACCACCUCCCUGGGCAGUUGUGCCAUAUGUGGUUUCUGCAGCUAAUACUCUGUGAUGUUCUGUCUGGGGAAAGCAAAAAGAUUCCCAUUUGCCAAUUGAGUAGCCAAAAUUACCUGGGGUCAGGAGUUAAGGAGCUGUAAGGAGAGCAGGGAAACCCUACAGCCACCAACCAUUCCAGAAGCACAGUGCCUUCCAAUGAGCACAUCAAAAACAGCUUUCCUUGGAACAUCUGUUUGGCAAGAGAUGUGUAGCAAUCUUUUAAUGCCCUGUAAGAA